AAAUGACUAAAGAAACGAGCUUUUUCUCUUUCUGCCGCCAAUAUCUUACCCCUGUUUUUCACCAAUUAGAAUCAACAGAAUCAAAGAUUAAUGAUGAGUAUCCCAGAUAGAUAAUGAUCACAUCUUCAAAAAUAUUUAAACUAAUCAGAUGCUCAGCGAUUUCCGGUAAAAGAUUUGAUAAACAGUUACAACUAAUUAACAUAGAAGUUCCCCUAAACUGAUGCCAACAUGCACCCCACAAUUCUCCAUCUUUCUCUCCUUAUAUGAUGGUACACUCCACCACGAUAUCACUGCCAUUAACCAACUCCUUUUUAAGUAAUCAAAACCACUCAGAUAUGCAUUUCCAUUGCCUCAUUAUAACUUAAACAGAGCAUUCACAGAGCUCCCUUCUUUCAAAUCCAAAAAAAAGAACUAUUUUCAUGGCUUCUUCUAAAGUUUUUCUCUGCUUAGUCUAUUUCUUCCUUUGUUCACUUAAUUUCUUCACGGUUCUUGCCACUGAAUUUAAUGUUGGUGGUGACAAAGGAUGGGUUGUCCCUACAGUAAAAGAUGAUCAAGUGUAUAACCAGUGGGCUGGAAAGAAUAGGUUUAAGAUUAACGACACCUUAAGGUUUGAGUAUAAGAAAGAUUCAGUUCUGGUGGUGACCAAAGAGGAGUACGAGAAAUGCAAGUCAAGUCAUCCAAUUUUCUUCUCCAAUAAUGGAAAGUCUAUCUAUAAAUUGGAGCAACCUGGAUUGUACUACUUCAUUAGUGGUGUAUCAGGACACUGUGAGAGGGGUUUGAAAAUGAUAAUCAAAGUUUUAGAACCAGCAGCCCCUCCUCAAUCUGCUAAUCACACUUCCACACCAACUGUUGCUGGUGCUAACGUGGCUAAUGUUAUAAAUGGAAUGGUGUUUGUGGCGAUGUUAUUUGUAGGUAUUUUUAUGUAGUUUAUGAAUCUUGAAUAUUUUUGGUUUUUUCUCAUUAGGUACUUGGAGGUGUGCAUCUUUUACUAGUGAUUAUGAACUCAUGGAACUUGUUUUUUUGGGCUUUAGUGUUGAAAUUAUUUAUUUUAGGGGUAAUCGUGGUUUUA